UGGUCCAUCCCAUCGAUAAGCUGUUUGCAUUAAUAUUGUCACUACAAUCUGAAUUCGCCCACAAUCUUAAUCUCUCCAAACACCAUGGCCACACCAUCAGAUGCCAAACCAACCUACAUCUACAAGCUCAUUCCAACAUCAGCAGCCCCACCUGAUCCCCUUCCUGAACGGCUUCCCGUGAGCGACCUUGACCAGACAGAUGGCUUCAUCCACCUCUCCACCGCACACCAGGUCCCAAACACACUCAACUGGUUCUUCAAAGACCACGCCCAAGUUUACAUACUCCGCAUCCCUUACGACCCUGUCGAUGAGAAUAUCAAGUGGGAAGAUCCAAAGGCAGAGGUGUGCGGUCCGCGCGGAGGGGAGGGCAUGUUUCCACACCUCUACAACGGGUUUAAGCUGGGCAAGGACGAGGUAGAGAGCGUGCAGUUAUGGGAGAAUGGGCCUGGUGGAUGGGACUCGGUUCUGCAGGCAGCAGAGGCAUGGCUCGUUUACUGAUUGAUGCAUGUGUGAGUUCUUCUGCGUGAUGUCGGACUAGUGGCGAUGAUGAGCUGAAACUUGGAAUUGAGGUAGUGUUUGCGGGAUUAUAGCUAUAGUGUGCAUAUCCGGAAAUCCGUUCUUGCUCCAAGACCUUCAACAGGCUGUAGUAGGUAGUCUAUUAUGUAACGAGGCACGAGCGGAGGAAUAGAGUUUGGUCUUCGAGCGAACGUCGGACGUGGCAUUACGCUUCUUGUCUCCGUGCCACAACAAUCGUUCGCACUCAGAAGUAUCGUCUUGCUCGUUUUUAUUUCUUCUCACCUAUUACCUACACCAAACAACUCUCUAGCAUAUUCUAAUUUACAUGGCAGACCCAUCGUUAGAAGUCUGUCCCGACUUCGACGGUCCAGUGUACGCAAAUAUCUGCGGCGACAUACAAAGAGCAACCGGC